AUGUCAUCAGAAAUGCCUUCAACUCCUCCACGGGAGAGAGCUGCUGGGCCGGGGCAACUCCCCCGUGGCCCCAUUACGCCUGAGCAGAAGAGAAAGAUCGAAGAAAAUCGUAUGAAAGCCAAAGCUCUACGGGAGCAACGCGAAGCAGAACUUGCCAAAGGGCCUCCUACAAGCCGCCCGGCAUCAACACAAGGAGUCAAGCGCUCAUUCAACUCUAUGACUGGGUCGAACCCUUCAUCAAUACGCGAUGCACGCUCAAACACGGGCUCGUCUGAUCGCCCACUUGAUGCGAUAAAGCCUGCGCGAAACCUCACAUCCUAUGUCGACUAUGAUUUCAGUAGUAUGACCGAUACCAAGGGAGGGUUCCUGACUCAUGAAGACGAUCCAUUUAAUAAGGCAUUGCAUGCCUCGCAUGACAAGACCCCUCAAAAGCCAGCCAAUAUGACACAGAAGGAAUGGGAACGUCAGCAAUUAAUGGAAUCUCUACGACGAAAUCGCCAAGGACCCUUUGAGCCAGGACUGAGUGUUCUGGAAGACAAGAGCAAGCAAAAAUUAUGCCGUGAAUGUGGCAGCCUCGAGAUUGAUUGGAAGUGGGAAGAGGAGCUUAAGUGUCGUAUUUGUAAUGCGUGCAAGGAAAAAUUUCCAGAGAAGUAUAGUUUAUUAACUAAAACAGAGGCAAAGGAGGAUUAUCUUUUGACAGACCCUGAGCUUCGAGAUGAAGAAUUACUUCCCCAUCUUGAACGACCCAACCCACACAAGUCAACCUGGAAUAACAUGAUGCUAUUUCUUCGCUUCCAGGUCGAAGAAUAUGCAUUCUCUGAUAGGAAGUGGGGGUCUUCAGAAGCAUUGGAUGCUGAAUUUGAAAGACGCGAGAGCGACAAGAAACGGCGACGCGAAGCCAAGUUCAAAACUAAACUGCAAGAUCUGAAAAAGCGUACGCGAGUGGAGGCACACCGGCGUAACCGACAGGGCGGUGCUGGUGGAGAAUUCGGUGAUGAUCUCAGUACCAGCCGGAAACAUGUACACCAAUGGGGCCGACCAGUGGAUAAUCCAGAGACUGGUAUGCCUGUCAAGACGUGUGUGGAUUGUGGCAUGGAGGUUGAAGAGUUGGAGUUUUGA